CAGAGUUGGAGGUUAGCAGUGGCAAUGCUGGAAAACGUUGCACAUGUUGCUUCGUGGAUAUCUUUGGAAAUCCAGUAUAGCUGCCAUUGCCAUUAAACAUUCACCAUGAACCAAAAUAUCACAGCAGAACAAAUCAAAGCAUGGUUUACUAUUGGAACACAGUUUGCGAACAUCAAAAUAAACGAUGCUGCCCCAGCUGGGGCCAAAGAUAAAAGCGUUCACGAAGACGCGUCAAAUAAGGAAAGCCCAUCCAAAGUGAAGCAUGAGUGGAACAGGGGGCAGAGAGAAUGCACGGAGGAGGAACUGGGGAAGGUGCAGGCCAAGCAAGGAACGACAGCCAGCCCAUCAAGUCCCCAAGGAUCAGUCUCACUGGGGAGCUAUGUCUACCCAACCCUGCCAAUCACCAAGUACAGAGAGGAGCUCAUUUCCCUUGUUGAGAAUAACUCAGUUGUUAUAAUCCGUGGAACUACUGGUAGUGGCAAGACCACUCAGCUUCCCCAGUACAUUCUGGAUUACUACAGUGAGAAGGACAUCCCAUGCAAUAUUGUGGUGACCCAGCCCCGCAAAAUAGGAGCCAGCAGCAUUGCCCGCUGGGUGGCAAGGGAGCGCAAGUGCAUGCUGGGAAGUGUGGUGGGGUAUCAGGUUGGUUUAGAGAAAGUUGCGACAGAGCAUACCAGGCUGAUCUAUAUGACAACAGGAGUGCUUCUUCAGAAGCUGGUCAACGCCAAGAGUUUGACAGAGUUUUCACACAUCUUCAUUGAUGAAGUCCAUGAGCGCACAGAGGAACUAGAUUUCUUGUUGCUUGUAGUGCGUAAGUUCCUACGCUCAAAUUCACGAUAUGUGAAGGUAAUUCUCAUGUCUGCAACGAUAAACUGCAAGGAGUUUGCAGAGUACUUUGGGACCCCCAUCCGAAACCAGAUGAACCCUGCAUACAUAUUUGAGGUUGAAGGUGUGCCGUACACUGUAGAUGAAUAUUACCUGGACGAUUUGAAGCGCCUUAUUCCUUUUAAAGUGGAACCCUCACAUACUGAGGAGCUGUACAUAAAUGUGGAAAUGUACAAUGUAGCAGUUCGUCUCAUUCAGGAGUUUGAUGAGCUGGAAGCAAAAGAGCAAAGGUCUGGAAACGAUGGAUCUACAUUUUCUACAGAUCGUGGAAGUGUGUUGGUAUUCCUUCCAGGUCUGGGAGAAAUAAAUUACAUGCAGGAUGCCCUGGCUAAACUAGCCCGGACGAGGUUGCAGGUGUACCCUCUACACUCCAGCGUUACGCUAGAGGAACAGAAUGGCGUGUUUCUGAGUCCUGUCCCUGGCUACAGGAAGAUAAUCCUGUCGACUAAUAUUGCAGAGAGCUCUGUAACCGUUCCUGAUGUGAAGUAUGUGAUUGACUUUUGCCUGGCUCGACAGCUAAUCUGCGAUAAAGAAACAAACUAUCUGAGUUUGCGACUCACUUGGGCUUCAAAGACCAACUGCAAUCAGAGACGAGGGCGUGCUGGUAGAGUUUCAAAGGGAUACUGCUAUAGGCUGGUGACAAAGACAUUUUGGAGAGAUGAGAUCCCAGAUUAUGUAGUUCCAGAGAUGUUGCGCUGCCCAUUAGCCAGCACCAUGUUAAAAGUGAAGCAGCUGGACAUGGGUGACCCGAGGAGUCUUCUGGGGACGGCACUUUCACCACCCAACCUGGAGGACAUUGAGAAAACUGUCCUGCAGCUUAAAGAGAUUGGAGCCCUCUCAGUGGUUCAAGCAGGAAAUGAAGAGAGCCGAUUUGAUGGCGAGUUGACGUUCUUGGGAAGGGUCCUCGCUCACUUACCUGUCCAUCUGCAACUUGGGAAGAUGGUUGUCCUUGGUCACGUGUUUGGGUGUCUUGAAGAAUGCCUUAUCAUUGCUGCAGCUCUUUCUUUGAAAAACUUCUUUGCAAUUCCCAUCCUGCAGUGCUUGGAUGGAUGUCGGAGUAAGGCUGCGUUUUCUGGUAGCACGCUGAGUGAUCCCAUUGCCUUUGCAAAUGCAUUUAAGGCAUGGUAUACUUCCAGGAAAAAGGGCGAGUUUAGACAUCCAAAGGAUGAACUGGACUGGGGCAAAGCGAACUACAUUCAGAUCAAGAGAAUUCGAGAGGUGGCAGAGCUUUUUGAGGAUCUAAAGCAGCGAGUGGCACAGUUCAACAUGCACAUUAGCACCAUCCAGCCUGCCAUGGACUACGAGUACACCCACAAGCAGAGGUUCAUCUUGCAGGUUGUGAUUAGUGGUGCCUUCUACCCAAAUUACUUCACCCUUAGACCCAUUGAUGAAGAAAUGGCAUCUAAAAAUAUGUCUGGAAAAGACCCCACAACCACAGUGAUGUUAAGGAGUAUUCCGCCCUAUGGAUUCCUGUACUACAAACAGCUGCAGUCCCUGUUCAGACAGUGUGGCCAAGUGAAGUCUAUCUCGUUUGAUGGCUCGAGAGCCUAUGUAGAGUUCUUUCAAAACAUCGUCAGGACGGCAGGCGUCCUCCCGGAGGUGGACCUGGCCUUGAGGAUGGCACAUUUUCGCCUGCCCCUGGAGCUGUUUGUGCACCCAGUAGAGGAAAUCGAAGCGAAGGCAGGACAAAGCACAGUUUCUGCCCUGAGAUACGCAAGGGUGAAUGUUGACUUCCAGAAUGAUACAGUGUGUCCAGUUGGGAUCCUUAGCAGUUCCAUUGACCCAGCCAAGCUACCGCCAAACCCAGUGUUCAUCAUUAACAUUACAGAGGUGGUGGAGGUUGGUCACUUCUGGGGUUUCAGAGCAGAUGAGAGCAGCGUUGAAAGCCAGAGGAAACUGACAGCAGAGAUCAACACUCUUGAGCUGAAGCCCCUGUUUGUGUCUCCUUACCCCAACCUGUUCUGUCUGGCGCCCUUCACAGACUCGGAAGAGAUGAGAUACUACCGAGCAAAGGUUAUCUAUGUUGCCGGGAAUUCUGUGGAGGUGUUUUUCAUUGAUUAUGGAAAUACAACAAGAGUAAGCUGUACCUGCCUGAGAGAAAUGCCUGCUGAUCUGAUGAAGCAUCCGUUCCAGGCUCAAGAAUUCCUGAUUUGUAAAAUUCGUCCCUCGGCUAAGUCCAUGAUUCUGGGGGAUCAGUGGAGCCGCAGUGCCAGGAACCGGUUCAUUACGCUGGUGAAUGGGCGCACCCUGAUCGUCACUCUGUUCUCCAUUUUACACAAUGUGAUGCGUGUGGACCUGUCCAUCGACACUGACACCAUCAGUACCAGAGUGGGCGAGAUCCUGGUCCAGGAAGGCUACGCUGAGCCAGCAGAGGAGAGCUUUGAGUCCAAGCAAAGCCAUGAGGUCUUGAUGUCAAUAUAUAAGGAUCUCAAAGAAGGAACUUUUGUUCCUAAUGCCACAAGCAGCUCCUGGAAGACUAGCAAAGAGCAGGAGAAAGAGCUAAUAAACCGCUUGCUGGAGAUCUUUUCUAAAGUCAACCCGGGCUCUAUGAAAUCCAGGGUUCCAUUGCACGGUCCCACCAGCCCUUAUAAACUCCACUUCCACAGCAUGAGUGAGAUAUCCCAAUACAGAUCAGUCGUAAUUGAGAAGGAAAGCAUCAAUUCUGUGGCUACAAACUACAGCCCUGAGGAGCUCCACCAGAGACUGCUGGUCGCAGUGUCUGUGUCUGUGAAUGCAUCAGGUUCUCUUAUAGUUCUGAAGGAGACCACUCUGUUGCCCAGCAUUCGUGGGCUGCCGGCUCUGGUCUGCAUGUUGUUCACUCCAGUGAUGGAACUCAGAACUGACGAGGGGAGGACUCGCUUCACUGGUGCACUCUGUGGACUGGGGUGGAACAGAGUGACGAGUGCCCCGAUACUGCCAGAGCACGAUAUUGAGCUGGCGUUUGAUACACAGUUCGAUGUGGCUGACAUAGCAGAGAUAAACGGUCUGCGCAGUGCCAUUAACAAGCUAGUCUGUCAGGGUCCAAAUGGCCCUUUACACCUGGGACGGGAAAGGAUUGCAAAGCUACAAGAAGAUGCCCGUGAGAAACUUAUCAGGUUGUUCACCAAAUCGCCAACCAGAAAUAAUCUGAUCCCACAGUAUUAUGAGAAGCCAAACAAUUGGAACCAGGUGGAUCUCAGUUUUAAGAUGGAGGUGACGCACAAGGACAAGGAAGGGAGAAAGGGAGUCCUGUUUAUGCUGCACCCUGUCGUUCUGUUGAACACAUAAUGGAGGUGUAUUAUUAAAGCACUGCAGUUAAAGCAGCACAGUGGCAAAGUUUAAGUUGGUUGAAAUAUUGCACCGUUUUAUGCUACUUAUUGUGGCACUAAGCUUGAAAGGUGUUUUUGUUUUUGUAUCUCUUACUUUAAAAGUUUUGCGCUUGUCGUUAAGGCAUCUAUACAAUGUGUGUGUGUGCAAAAGGCUUUCAGAAAUAGCCUGCUUGUUAUGUUUUGUUGACGGUUUUCAAAAGUAAAUGUUAUUUCAGCAUCCAGAACACAGCGUGAUUGUUUUACUGUUGAGAAACCAUAAAAAACGUGGGCUAGUUUAAUUGCUAAGGACACCAAGGAUUUGAAUAAUGGUGCAAAAAUACAAAGGAUUGUGGGACACAGCAGCUUUCAAUUCCGAUAACUGGAAAUACUUCCACCUUUUUUGAUUUUAAUAUCUACACAAAAAUUGGGGUCGCAAAUUUGUGCAUUUGUACGAACCCCACAAUUAACAGGUAAGCCCUGUAUAUUCUAACACU